UGUCACAUUGUUUAUCCCGUCAAUUCUUCCUUUCGACCUCUCCUGCAUAAAGUUCUGGGACCUCGCGCUAUUGGAUCCAUUCUUCCCAGCGCAGUAUUCAGUUCAGCAUACACGUCCGAUUCCAGGGGCAAAAAUUCGAAACGCAUAGAUAAACGCCUCCAGUGAUCCUAUCUGGAGAGCCCAGAAGUCCUGACACUGCUUUGUGGCAUACCACAUCAUGGCGGAAUACCCUGUCCCUUACAAUGGAACGGAGACUGGCACCGGGGGUGACUCCAUGACGGAAGAUCUCAAUAUCUGGUACAGUUCUGGUGACAUUGCUUGGGUUGUUACCUCGACAGCUCUUGUUCUGUUGAUGAUUCCCGGUGUUGGGUUCUUCUACUCCGGUCUCGCCCGUCGGAAGUCUGCACUGUCCCUAAUAUGGCUUUCCAUCAUGUCUGUCGGAGUCGUCUCCUUUCAAUGGUUCUUCUGGGGUUACUCGUUGGCCUUCUCUCACACAGCCGGAAAAUACAUCGGUGACCUCCAGAAUUUUGGAAUGAAAGGUGUUCUGGCUGCACCCUCGGUGGGCAGUGACAAGGUUCCCGAUCUCUUGUUCGCCGUUUUCCAAGGGAUGUUCGCCUGUAUUACAGUUGCUCUCGCUGUAGGCGCUGUCGCUGAACGUGGCCGUAUGCUUCCCUGCAUGGUCUUCAUUUUCAUCUGGACCACCAUCAUCUACGAUCCCCUCGCCUGCUGGACCUGGAAUUCGUCUGGUUGGGUUUUCAACUUGGGAGGAUUGGACUUCGCGGGUGGCACGCCAGUCCACAUUGCCUCUGGCUGUACCGCCCUCGCAUACUCCCUGAUGCUAGGCAAGCGUCGCGGACAUGGCACCCACGAGCUCAACUACCGUCCCCACAAUGUCACCCACGUCGUCAUCGGCACCGUCUUUCUCUGGGUUGGUUGGUUCGGUUUCAACGCCGGCUCUGCCCUAAGCGCCAACCUGCGGGCUGUGAUGGCUGCUGUUGUGACCAACCUUGCGGCCUCCGUGGGUGGUGUCACCUGGUGUCUGCUCGACUACCGCCUGGAACGCAAAUGGUCGACGGUAGGUUUCUGCUCCGGCGUGAUUGCCGGUCUGGUGGCUAUUACCCCAGGAUCUGGAUUCGUGACUCCCUGGGCGGCGUUCAUCUUCGGUGUCGUCGGCGCAGUCUCGUGCAAUUAUGCCACCAAGCUCAAGUACCUGAUCCGUGUUGACGACGCCCUGGAUAUCUUCGCUGUCCACGGUAUUGGCGGUCUCGUGGGAAACCUUUUGACCGGAUUAUUUGCCGCUGACUACAUCGCUCGUCUGGACGGAUCCACCGAGAUCGACGGCGGCUGGAUCAAUCACAACUACGUACAACUGGGCUACCAGCUCGCCGACUCCGUCUCCGGCAUGGCCUACUCGUUCUUCGGCAGCUGCAUCAUUCUCUUCGUCAUCAACCUCAUCCCCGGUCUCAGCUUGCGUGCUCCCGAGGAGGAUGAAAUCAUGGGCAUUGACGACGCCGAGAUUGGUGAAUUCGCCUACGACUAUGUCGAAAUCACCCGCGACGUCAUCAGCGCCCCGGGCAGUGAGAACGGAGACGCAGCUUCCAAGCGUACCGCGACACCUGUGGAGGGGAACGAGACCAAAGCCUAGAUUAGAUGUCUGAGCGAAUCAUCAUACCAAACUAGACCCAGUCCCCGGCCGGUGUCUAGGUCCGGGGGUGUGAUUGAUUGAUCGUUUUUUCCCCAUUCCUUCUCAGAUUUCUAUCUCUUCCUAUAUUCCUUAUUCUUAUAAUUUCCUUUCUUACAAUACCCCUUGACUGUACCUACUUUUAUUUCCUUUUUGUUCUAUAAUAGCUAUGUGAAUAUCAAUUCUUACUGACAUGAAUCCAUAUCUCGUUCCUCUUCUUUUCCAAUGAUACCUACCUCUCCUGUCGGCUGUUUGUUACGCACAUACUUACUCGAUACUCAAAGCACAAACUUCAUACGUAGACAUCGAGCCCUCUAUCUACCAUCAUCAAGUUAACGCUUGGUCCAAGAUACGACCAUUCCAUCGAUAUAUGGCUAAUGGACCAAGCAAGACCUUGGAGUCGUUCGAACAAUGGAUGCAGGGUACCUACCAUGUCUGUCUCAAUAAGUCUCUACCCGACAGAACCAAGGAUAUUCCUCGCGUAAGAUGUUAGCUCUAAGAAAGCAGCUAGUCGUCAAUUUACACAAGAACC